GCGCAGUAGCCCGCCCCCCGAGCAGUUUUGUGUCGCCGCUGUCUGGCUCCUCCCCGAACACUCGUAUCCAUUGCUCGCAACAUGAGUCAGAAGGAGGAUGUGGUCAUUGUAUCUGCUGCUAGAACCCCGAUUGGUUCCUUCAAUGGCAAUUUAUCUAGUCUGACUGCCCAUGGCCUGGCUUCGGUGGUGAUAAAAGAAGUCCUGAAGAGAGCAAGUAUCAAACCAGAAGACGUGUCUGAAGUAAUUUUAGGGCAGGUUUUAACCGCAGGCCAAGGACAGAAUCCUGCCCGUCAGGCUAGUGUCAGUGCAGGAAUCCCAUAUCUGGUGCCAGCAUGGAGUUGUCAGAUGAUUUGCGGCUCUGGGCUGAAAGCGGUGUGUCUCGCAACACAGGCCAUCAUAACAGGCAGCUCCAACAUUGUGGUAGCAGGCGGCAUGGAGAGCAUGAGUAAGACUCCACACGUGGCAUUGAUGAGAACUGGAGUCAAAAUGGGUGAUGUAUCGCUUCAGGAUGGCAUUCUUUGUGAUGGUCUGAUGGAUGCGUUUCAUUGUUACCACAUGGGAAUAACAGCCGAGAAUGUGGCCAAGAAAUGGAGCGUUAGUCGGGAAGAACAGGACAAAUUUGCUAUACAGUCCCAGAAAAGAACUGAGGUGGCACAAAAAGCGGGAUUUUUUGAGAAGGAAAUUGUCCCUGUAUCUGUCCCAUCUAGAAAAGGCUCUAUUGAAGUAUUAACUGAUGAAUUUCCCCGUCAUGGGAGCAGUUAUGAAGCAAUGUCAAAACUGAAGCCGUGUUUUUUAAGUGAUGGGACAGGCAGCGUCACCGCUGCUAAUGCAUCAGGUAUUAAUGAUGGGGCUGCAGCUGUAAUUCUGAUGAAGAAAUCAGAAGCUCUUAAAAGAAAUCUGACACCUUUGGCACGCGUGGUGUCCUGGGCACAGGCUGGAUUGGAUCCUGCUGUUAUGGGUGUUGGCCCUAUUCCAGCAAUAAAGAAAGCGGUGGAGAAGGCUGGCUGGACACUAGAUGAAGUUGACCUGUUUGAAAUUAAUGAAGCUUUCGCAGCACAAUCAGUUGCUGUUGUCAAGGAGCUGGGUUUAAACCCAGAAAAGGUAAACAUCCAAGGUGGUGCUAUUGCUUUAGGUCACCCCUUGGGAAUGUCUGGGUGCCGCAUCCUGAUCACACUUCUCUACGCUUUGGAGAGAACUGGAGGAAAACAAGGGAUAGCUGCUUUGUGUAUUGGUGGUGGCAUGGGAAUAGCAAUGUGUGUUGAAAGGCAGUGAAUCAGACUUGUGCUUUGAUUGCAACAAACCCUACACUCAUGCCACUAGAUAAAAGUGAGCAAGCAUUUCAUACAACCGCUUUACCCUAACAAAAUUAAAAGAUGAUUGCAGACUGUU